AUACAUAUACCUCCUUUGUCAGGGGCCAGAUGACAUAUCUGGCGCAUUUCACAUUUCCACCAUGAGCGACAACCUCUUUCCAGAUGUUCUCACCUUUCUUCUCCCAUUCCUCCUCCUCACCAUCCUUACGCUCAUUUUGCUUCCCACACACCCAUCCGACGCACCGCAUCUUCUCCCGUCAAUCCAACACCACAAACCCAUGCCAGUCGCAUACCGACAACACAGCAACAGCCGGUUUCCCAUCAGCGACACAAUUCCGGGUCCUGCGCUAAACCCAGCUCUCGAGCGACUAGCCGCACAUGUCGAGCAACUCUGCAGCCAAGUCGACGUCUUAACCCUGCAGACACUGGCGCAGUCCAGAGUCUCAGACACGCUUGCGGCGACGCAGCAGAGCCAGCAUGUGCGCGUCGAGUUUCUCAGGAGGAAAAUGAUGCAGCUGGAAGACGUGCUGGAUGCGCUGGUAGACGAGAAAGAGGCGAGGCUGGCGCGGGAAGAGAUUGAGAAGAGGAAGGGAGGGGUUUGGAGGCUGCAAAGGGUGCGUGGAGGUGAUGGAGCAGAGUCUGUCAGUACGAGUGUGGGAAUCAAUGAGGAGGGUGAUGAGGAGAGGUUAUUUGAUCCAAAGGUCUAUGGGUAUGAUUGUUGCUCGGGCCAGGGAUGUGGUUCGUUUAGUUGA